AUGGAUUUCUCAAAUUUCAGAGUCAUAAUCGUCGGGGGUUCCGUCGGAGGCCUGACGCUUGCACAUUGCCUUUAUCGCGCAGGCAUAGACUAUGUCGUUUUGGAAAAGAGUGAUCAAAUAGCCCCCGAGAUAGGCGCAUCGAUCGGAAUUAUGCCUAAUGGAGCACGGGUCCUAGCACAGCUCGGGCUCUUCGAAGAGAUAAAGAACCAUAUCAAGCCAUUGAGCACUGCCCAUAUUACUUUCCCAGAUGGAUUCGCUGUUGAAAGCAGGUAUCCACAGGUCCUCCACACAAGAUUCGGUUAUCCGCUGGCGUUCUUGAGGAGACGAGAGUUCUUGGCAAUCACCUACAACGCUCACCCAGAUAAGACAAAGAUCCUCACUGGAAAAGAUGUGGUCGAGCUGAAGGGACUCUCUGAUGGAGUCUGUGCAGUUACAAGUGAUGGCAGCGUGUACGAGGGUAAUAUUAUCGUGGGCGCCGAUGGCGUUCAUAGCCGAGUCCGGUCUGAGAUCUGGCGAUGGGCCGACAAGGAAUUUCCCGGGUCUCUCUCAGCCACAGAAAGGAACAGUAUGACAGUCGAAUAUGUCUGUGUCUUCGGAAUCUCAUCGGGACUUGUGAGUCUUGAAGCCGGCGCACAAAUCAAUGCUCUCUUGGAUAAAGCCGCGAUAAUGGCGGUUCAUGGUAAAGAUGGCUGUGUCUUCUGGUUCCUCUUCAAGAAGCUCGACCGAAAGCACGUCUACCCAGCUGUGCCUCGGUUCUCACACGAGGACGCCGCGGAACUCUGCAACAAAAUGCAGGAUGUGCACAUGUAUAAGGGGCUGCGCUUUGGCGACAUCUGGAAGAACAGCGAAGUCGUCUCCAUGACGGCGCUAGAAGAGGGACUGUUCAAGACCUGGUUCUAUGAUCGGAUGGUGUUGGUUGGGGAUAGUGCUCACAAGAUGACCCCAAACUUCGGUCAAGGAGCAAACACUGCUAUCGAAGACGCUGCCGCUCUUGCUUCGCUGCUUCAGCGUCUAGUCUCCAAGACUGGCUCUGGGAAACCUUCGCUAGCGCAAAUCCGCGAUACGCUCAAGGAAUAUCAACAUGCACGAUACCGGCGGGUACGACGUGUCUAUAAUGAUUCAUGGACCAUUUGCCGGUUCCAUGCUCGAGACAACAUCGUCUAUGGACUUAUCGGCCGGUAUUACACUCCAUACGCUACAAACCUGCCGGCCGAUCUGGCUUCGAAAGCGUUUGCCGACGGAGAUGUUUUGAGGUUCCUACCUGCACCAGCAUGCCCAGGAACAGGCUGGGAGACAUAUAGUAGUAAGAGGGGAGGUAGAGCUUUAUCGUAUGCGGUAUUAUUCGUUUUGAUUGCAGUGAUAGUUCAAAAGGUUUUCUGA